UGGGUUGGUGCCCCUGCGCAGUGUCAAAAUGGUGGGACGCGAAGUUGGAUGUGUUUAUGAUUUCUUUUGUGAUAAACAAUAAUUUGUAUUAAAUCCACGGAUUAAAUCGAAUUAAAUUAACUCAAAAUGCAAAACAACAUGUUCCUGACGUGAUUCCUACAACGGUCUCAUUAUGAGUUACAUAAGGUUAGGGCUACAUAAAUGGUCGAACGUAAACAAGCAAUUUCUGGUGGCCCUCUUGUCGGGUGUCGUGGUGGGGUUUGUGACCGCCUAUGUGAUUCUCUCGCCGGCGAUUCUGCUGGUGGCUUUGGGGGAUCCCCACACGAGUCAGGAGAUGGAGUCUGCGUCGGGGCCCUCGAUCGAUCCGGGGGUUCACCGACACGAUGAAGAGUUCCACCAGAUGGAGAAUAGUACUGUUGCCGAUUUGAUGUUCAAGAAAGUGAGGAUCUUGUGCUGGAUUAUGACGGGGCCUAGCAACCACGAGAAGAGGGCAAGACAUGUCAAGGCCACGUGGGGCAAGAGGUGCAACAAGUUGAUAUUCAUGAGUUCGCAAAAAGAUGACUCGCUUCCCGCCGUGGCCCUGCCCGUGGGCGAGGGCCGCAACAACCUGUGGGGCAAGACCAAGGAGGCGUUCAAAUACGUCUACCACAACCACAUGCACGAGGCUGAUUGGUUCCUCAAAGCCGACGACGACACCUACGUGAUAUUGGAGAAUUUGCGUUACAUGCUCCUCCCAUACCGCUCCACCGACUCCAUCUACUUCGGUUGCAAAUUCAAACCGUACGUCAAACAGGGUUACAUGAGCGGUGGCGCUGGUUACGUCCUAAGUAAGGAGGCGGUGCGAAAAUUCGUCGAACUCGGCCUGAACUCCACCAAGUGUUCCAAGUCCAACAGCGGUGCUGAAGACGUCGAAAUGGGGAAGUGUCUCGAAGCGGUGGAGGUCAAAGCCGGGGAUUCACGUGAUUCGGUCGGGAGAGGUCGGUUUUUUCCGUUCGUGCCCGAACAUCACCUGAUUCCGGGGCACGUGAAGAAGAGCUUCUGGUAUUGGCAGUAUAUUUACUACGAGAGUAAAGAGGGGAUGGACUGUUGUUCGGAUAAUGCCGUGUCGUUUCAUUACGUCACUCCGAAUCAAAUGUACGUCUUGGAGUACUUGAUUUAUCAUUUAAGGCCGUAUGGAAUCUCGUAUCAGGUGGAAAUGCCGCCGGAAUUAGUCGAAGAGCACGAGAAAAAUAAAAUGACUUCCUUGUAGUUUGCUCAAAUUUGAGGAAUCACUAGUCGAUAUAUUACCGAUGUGAGAUUAUUUUUAGGGUUUUUGUAACGAUUGCCAUAUUUUUUCGAUUCGCGGUUUCAGCUACAUUCUGUACUCAUUUGAAACAAUGAUUCUCUUUUUGUUUUUUCCCCGUGUUCAAAUAAUAUACUCAAACUAGAUAUUUGAUUAUGAAAAAUUUACACCAGAGGGCGUAUUUUUUGGAAUCGCGAAUUAUUUCUUCUAUGACGUAAGGAACACACCUAUGGUAGGUAUAAAGUACAGUUGGUUUUCCUAAAAAUGACACUUGUGAGAAAUGAGACAUUCUUUUUGGGUCUGACUGUACCACAUAGAUGACUGUUGAAAGUGACAACCAAAUGCAAUCUCUUGUAUACUAAUUAGGGAUUUUUUUAUUUGAAGUUUUUAUUUUUAAAAACAAGUCCUAUACCAAAGAUAUGCUAUUUUAAAGUAAGUUUUAUUCGAUGAUGAUUUUAUAUCUUUCAGCUUUUUGUAGCUGUUUUGUUGACGUAAUAUUUUUAAUUUGUUUAUAUUACUUUAUCAACCAUUUACGUAAACUAUAUCACGUUAAAGCGCCAAUAAAUGAUGCGAUUUUUGCUCAAUAUGCUCAAUAAAAUAUCAGUUUUAACAUAAUUUUAUUUGUGCCGCGAAAACAAUCAUUUACGCUCUAGAUACAAAACAUAAUUAUUACGAGUGUUUCCGUAAAUUAAGUGUUGUAAAUCUUAUUUUGUUCCUGGAACUGAAAAACUUAAUUCAUUCAUUUAUUAGACUUAGAGUCGGUUUAUAGAAGCGUCAUUAAUUUAAUUGGCAAUUAAAUGCGUGAUUAACUGAUCAGUCACGUGAUCACAUUGAAGCAAUUUGGUUGGUUCAUUCGCGUUGUUAACUUUUAUCAUCGCAAUUAACUUUGAGUUUUCUAUAAACCGAUCCGUAAUGUUAUUAUAUUUUUUCUAACAUUUAUCAAAAACCGACCUAAUAUAAAUUUCAAAUCUAGGACGUAAACUGUUGUUUCGGUGACUGUGUAUUUUAAAGUGGCCACCGAAUUGCGGAAUUUCCAUGGUCAUGUAAACAUAUCAAAAAAUAUCAGAAAAAUCUACUUUUUAAUUAGACAUGAUUAGAUUUUUAAUGAAGUUUUCAACGUAUGCAGAGGCCAUUUCUUUUUGUGUUCUUUAUUGCAUCAUUUUUCUAGUUAUUGUAUUUGAGACUGCGUCAAAUGCAAUCCUUAAUAACUGUAGAUUUUUUUUGUAAAAUAUUACGUAUGAACUAGUCAGCUAUGUAAAAUAAAAUAAAGAGCGUACCUACAA